AUGGAUUAUAUACACGACGUGUUCAUCAACUUUAGAGGGAAAGACACACGUCAGAGUUUCGUUUCACAUCUCAAUGCCGGCCUCACAAAUGCAGGAAUCAAGACCUACAUCGACAACCAGCUUCACAAAGGAACCGAGCUUGGACCAGAACUGUCACGAGCAAUAAAAAGCUCCCGUAUAUCUAUACUUAUUUUCUCCAAAAACUACACUGAGUCUAGUUGGUGUCUUAAUGAACUUCAAAAAGUCAUUGAAUGCCACUUAACUCGUGCCCAAAUUGUUGUUCCUUUUUGGACAAGCUUUGAGAGCUACUGGAAACUAACAUUUGAACAGUUAAAAUCACUAUGUGGGAAUCCUAAAUUGUUUUGUCCGGGAAGUGUAUUAAUCGUUACAACCAGAGAUAUACGCCUACUUAAUUUAUUUAAGGUUGAUUACGUGGGUACAAUGAAGGAGAUGGACGAAAAUGAGUCCCUUGAACUUUUCAGUUGGCAUGCUUUUAGGCAACCUGUUCCGAUAAAAGACUUCCAUGAACUCUCAAGGAACGUAGUUGCUUAUUGUGGAGGAUUACCAAUUGCUCUUGAAGUCCUUGGUUCUUACUUGUAUGAGAGGACAGAAGAAGAAGAAUGGAUAAGCGUCCUCUCAAAACUAAAGAGGAUUCCCAAUGAUCAAGUGCAAGAGAAACUGAGAAUAAGCUAUGAUGGUUUAAAAGAUGAUAUGGCAAAGGAUAUAUUUCUUGACAUAUGCUGUUUCUUUGUUGGCAAGGGCAGAGCCGAUGUUACAAAGAUCCUAAAUGGCUGUGGACUUUAUGCAGAUAUUGGAAUAGCUGUUCUCGUAGAGCGGAGCCUUGUAAAAAUUGAAAAGAAUAACAAGCUUGGAAUGCACGGUUUAAUAAGAGACAUGGGAAGAGAGAUUGUUCGAGAAAGUUCAACAAAAGAGCCUGGAAAGCGUAGUAGAUUGUGGUUUCGUGAGGAUGUUCAUGAUGUUUUGACAAAAAAUACUGGAAUAGAAACUGUAGAAGGAUUGGUUUUGAAGGUGCAAAGAACCAGUAGAGUUGUCUUAAGUACUGAUUCUUUCAAGGAGAUGAAGAAACUGAGACUUUUACAACUUGAUCAUGCCAUCCUCAUUGGAGAUUAUCGGUAUCUUUCAAAAGAACUGAGAUGGAUUCAUUGGCAAGGAUUUACCUUCAACUAUAUACCCGAUGAUUUUUAUCAGGGAAGUCUAGUUGCUAUUGAUGUAAAAUACAGCAGUAUGAAACAAGUGUGGAAUGAAACCAAGUUGUUGGAUAAACUGAAAAUUCUCAAUGUUAGUCAUUCUAAGUACUUGAAAAGCACUCCUGACUUUUCAAAAGUACCGAAUCUAGAAAAGCUCAUUAUGAAGAAUUGUCCAAAUUUGUCCGAGAUACACAAGUCUAUUGGAGAUCUUAGGAAUCUACUUAUGUUGAAUUUGAAGGACUGUACAAGUCUUGGCAAUCUCCCAAAGAAGAUCUAUCAAUUGAAAUCAUUGAAAACUCUUACACUUUCUGGUUGUUCAAAGAUUGACAAGUUGGAAGAAGACAUUGUGCAGAUGGAAUCCUUGACAACACUGAACGCAAAAGAUACAUCAGUGACUGAAGUUCCGCGUUCAAUAUUAAGAUUAAAAAGCAUUGGAUUUAUAUCCCUAUGUGGAUAUGAAGGUUUAUCACGUGAUGUGUUUCCUCGUCUCAUUUGGUCUUGGAUGACGCCAGCCAUGAAUUCCCUACCCUGUAUAUCUCCAUUUGGGGACAGUUCUUUGUCACUAGUUUCCUUGGAUGUAUCAAGUAAUAGUAUGGGCUAUCAACCGCCAAUGCUUAGAAACCUUUCAAAACAUAGAAGUGUUUGGAUUCAAUGCCGGUCAGUGAUGCAACUGACUCAAGAAUUAAGAAAUUUUUUAGAUGAUCUAUAUGAUGUAAGUUUUACCAAGUUGGAAACAGCAUCACAUGCAUCACUUAUCUUAGACAUUUCGUUGAAAUCGCUUUUGAUUGAGAUGGGAAAUUGUGACAUGGUCAUCAACACUCUUGGCAAGAGCAUAUCACAGGGAUUUACAACCAAUGAUUCAAGCAAUUUUUGCCUUCCAGAUGACAAUUAUCCUUCUUGGUUAGCCUAUACAUGUGAAGGACCUUCAGUACUAUUUCAAGUUCCUGAGAAUAAUCUUUGUCACAUAAAGGGAAUAGUUUUACGUGUUGUUUAUUCAUCAACAUCUGAAAACACGGCAACUGAAUAUCUUACUAAUGUCUUGAUCAUAAACUACACAAAAUGCACUAUCCAAAUAUACAAGGGAGACACAGUCAUGUCUUUUAACAAUGAAGAUUGGAAGGGUUUAACAUCAAAUCUAGGACCUGGUGACAAUGUGGAGAUUUUGGUAGCUUUUAGGCAUGGAUUGAUGGUUAAGGAGACUGUUUUAUAUCUAAUAUAUAACCAUUCAGUUACUGUGGAAACUAGUUCAUCAAUCAACGUGGAAACGAAGAUAUCGCCGGAAGUGAACUUGCAGCCAUCAUCCAUUCUGAAUAUGGAGCCAUUACUUGAUAUGAAAACCGAACCAUCACGGAAUCCAAAUGAGAAAAUAUUUUCAAGACUUGCAAAGAGAAUGGGAAAAUGUUUGUGCAUAAACCAAAAUAGAGGUCUCUAACAAUUUUUGAUUGAGUAUGCCUUUGUCAUCAUAAAAUGAGGUUGUUCUAACUGUUAUGCAGCAUUCAUUUGGUUAAUGUCUUGUUUCAGUUGAUCAGAUUCUGAAAGUCUUUGUAAGAAUUCAUUUCUCAUUAGGCUUUGAAGCGUAGUGAAUGAUUCUGUAUUUCUAAGGUUUGGUGUUAUU